GCUACUAAAUAAGUAACAUGUAAUUUCCAACAACAUUUUUUCUAUAUUAAGUAAUACGUAUUUUCCAAGUCAGAAGGGUAUAUUUAAAUAACAGAUUUAAAUAAAAACAUUCAUUUUAACCAGAAACACGAGCAGAGAAGUGCAGAUGAUUUUUAAAGCUUUAAGUCGAAUUUGUGGAUUUCGUCUUUUGCGGGAGCUGAUAUUCUUAAUUACUUGAGACUAAUAUUCAACAAGACAGCACAUUUUCUUCUCACAUCUGGUAACGUUGUCACGAAGAGCAAAUGGCAGGCAGAACCAAACUCUAUCGUCUUCUACGAGAUAAUGAAAAUCCAAUGGAGGAAGGAAUAAAAGCCAAACUUCCUCAUGAAGACAAAACUCCGCUGCAGCAUAUUCGUCACGGAUCUCGACAAGAUUCACAAUGGAUCUCAACCUCAAGACAUCUUUCUGAUAUUGACGAAUUAAUAAGAUUUAAAAGGAAACAUGAGGGGUGGUCAAGGCAGUGUAGAGUUGUUGAAAUAGAUGAACAGAAGUUAAAGUUGUAUGCAGAAAUGAGUAAAGAUAUAAUGCGACAACUUGUAAACAUAAUGAAGAAAAAGGCGGUUAAGAAACCAAGGAAAAUGAUGAAAUUGUUAACUCAGUUUUUGGAACAAACAACAGGAAAAGUAUUAGAUUUUACAGACCAAACCGUUUUGGACAGAUAUAUCCCUUCCGAUUCUUUUGGACUAAACGAAAAGGCACGUGGUUAUGCAAGGAAAUACAGCGAGGUUCUCGUCGAGCGCUUUAUUCCGGCCGACUGCUGCAUUCGCAUCUGCAAAAGAUAAAUAUACAGUUUAUUUCUUCAAUAACUUGAGCAGGAACACUUUAUGAUGAAAGAUAAUAUAGUGACUGCAAUCUUUGUGAAUUUGUACAAUUACAGUAGACCUGUCAUGGAAGUUACUUUAAAUAUGUUUAACUUUAGCAAGUCAUAUUGUAUAUAUUUCUACCUAAUCAUUAAUUGGUUGUAGGUUUAGAAUGACGAGAACUUUUUGAAAAAGUUCGAAUAAUUUCACUUCAAGUCAUAUCAUAGUUAUGCAUUAUUCAUUACCAAAAAAUGUGUGCAAUAAAUCCUUAUUUUAUAUUUUA